AUGCAUCAAACGAUGGAGAAGGCAAUACCACACAAGCCGACACUCGAAGUGUUAGAUUCCUUACGUUGCAUAGGAGCACUUGCUGUUAUUUUGUUUCACAGUUUUGAGGUGUAUUCUACGAGUAUGAUAGACCAGAAAGUCAAUCAUGGGUACUUUGCAGUCGACUUUUUCUUCUUGUUAUCGGGGUAUGUACUUUCCUUCUCAUAUGACGACCGACUUGAUGGGACGAAAGUUACUUCAUUCUUAAAGAUGAGACUCUUUCGCCUUCACCCCACCGCAGUCUGUGGUGGUGUACUUGGGUUAGUACUCUUCUAUUUUGGAAAAGGGGAUUUCUUCCCUUUGAUAGCGGAGACUGGCAUAUUGAAAGUUUUCUUCAUCUUCCUCUUAACAUUAUUUAUUGUCCCGGUCCCGCCUUGUCUUGACAUCCGAGGGUACAAUGAAUCAUAUCCUUUAAAUUGUCCUUUGUGGUCUUUAAUGUAUGAGUAUAUUGGUAAUAUUUUCUAUGCUUUUUUCUAUAGAAAACUCAGUGCUCAAAUGACUUUUUUAAUAAGCGUUUUUGCAUCGUUUUUUGUGUUUGACGUUGCUCUUGAUAUGAAUUGUUUUGGAUUUUACACGGGUCGAGAAACAACAAGAUAUUAUCUUUCUUUUAUGGGCGGGUGGACAUUAGAAAAGUCUCAAUUUUACAUUGGAGUGGUGAGAUUUUUCUAUUCCUUCAGUGUUGGUGUUUUUCUCAGUAAAGCAAAGAUAGCAAUCAAACUCCAGAAUGGUUUUUAUAUUAGCACUUUACUAUUAAGUGGUGUCUUAGUGAUGCCCAGAAUUGGUGGGGCAACUACUGGUCUCUUGAAUUCAAUUUUUGAUGGGUUUGUUAUACUUAUAGUUCUUCCACUUAUAAUAUCUAUUGGUGCUGGAAGUACUAUUAAUAAUGAAUCUAUAAGAAAGGUUAGUAAGUUUAUUAGUUCGUUCUCAUAUCAAACAUAUAUAGUGAAUUACCCAAUCAUAUAUCUUGAGAUGGCGUGGGUAUAUCGAAAUCAAGAAGAACCAUAUUAUAUGCACGUUUCAAUAUGGAUAUUGACUGUACUCUCAGUUUACCUCACUGGCUAUGUAUUGAUGAGAUUUAUUGACACCCCUGUUCGAGCAUAUUUAAAUCAGUAUAACACGUGGAAUGCAGUGAAGCGAGUGGAAUAA